AUGCCCAGCCCCCACCCCCACAUACCCCCUGCCCCGGAACCUCUCCGCAAGACCUUCGACCCUUGGAACUCCUCCUCCACCGGCCAUCAGCGGGCAGACAACCGUCUCGCAGGCAGCACAUCAUGGCGCGCCUCUCGCACUUUGAAAUUAGGACACCAGUUCCGCGCCGGCGAAGGGGGAGGGCAGAGGGUCUUUGAUACCGUGGGGGCCGGGUCGAAGGAUUUUGGCCGGGAUGGCAGGACCGAGAACGGGGGGUGGGAGAAGGGCGCGCCGGGAUUGAGACCGAAGGGGUGGAGAGAUGUGGGCUUGAUGGUCAGUCAGGGGAGCCAGGCGGAGUUGGGGACGCAGGAGAGGGAGAAGCGGAAGAGGAAGAGGGAGGACCCGGAGUCUUUGCUCGACGAACCGGAAGAACCCACGACGCCGGAGAAAGAGAAGGAGAGAGGCAUCUUCACCGGCCUCUGCAUCUACAUCAACGGCUCCACCGCCCCUGCGAUCGGCGACCACAAACUCAAGCACCUCCUCGCCGAACACGGGGCCCAUAUCUCAAUCGCCCUCGGCCGGCGUAGCGUCACGCACGUUAUAGUGGGCAAGCCGAACGACGGCAGAGGGGGAGGUGCAGGAGGUGGAUUGUCUGGGAGUAAGAUCCAAAAGGAGAUACAGAGGGUAAGAGGGAAGGGGGUGAAGUUUGUAGCAGUGGAGUGGGUGACGGAGAGUGUGAAGGCUGGGAAGAGGCUGGCGGAGGCGAGGUUUCAAGGGGUAAGUAUCGCGCCGCGGGGGGUGGGUAGUGUUUAUGGGCUGUUCAAGAAGAAGGAGGAGGAAGAUGCUGAGAAUGCAGAUACUGUGAACGAGGGAACGAAGACAGAGGUCGGUGAUGAGGGUAAGGAAAAGGGCGGAUGA